GCGCAACGGAACAUUGAGAGGAAGAUGGAGUUCUGGGGCACGCUGCAGAAGACGCUGGGUGGAGGCGCGGUCCCGGCGGACUCGGAUGCUUACGUGAACAAGUUCUUUGACAACACGGUCGUGGAACCGUCGUGGGCGAUGGACGUAUGGCCCGACAAGUUGAAACAGUUUGUCACGACUCAACUCACAGAUGGCCGCCGCAUCGCCCUCGUGACAUGCGGAUCCGCGACGGUGCCGCUACCAGGCGACAGCGUGAUGGAUGCCGUGUCGUUUGGAGAUCGCGGUGCCGCUAGUGCGGAACACUUUCUCCGCGCGGGGUACGCCGUGAUCUUUCUCCAUCGAGAAGGAUCCCUAGCUCCGUUUUCGCGGCACUUUCAAUUAUACAUUCGAGACAACCGGUUCUUGUCCAUGUUACGCGUCGACGCUGCCGACAACUCACUGCACGUUGAUCCUCCCGAAGACGCCGACGACACCGAAAGUCUCAUUCCCGACCUCUCGACACUCCUCGCCGAAGCCAACGAGACCAAGUCGCGACUCAUGCACAUCACGUUCACGACGGUUCAGCAGUACUUGUUUUACCUCCGCAUGGCAACGACAGCCCUCGACUCUGCGGCGUCUCGCGGGCUUAUUCUCCUGUCUGCGUCUAUCUUAGACUACUACGUGCCAUCUGUCCCGAGUACUACCGCCGUUGGCGGUGUUUCCACGAGCACCACAACGUCUCCUCCGCCUGCACCGACCGACUCGUCCAAGAAGGAAUCCGCGAUGACACUCAACCUUGUGCGUAUUCCCAACCUGAUUGCAAAGAUUCGACGGGAGUACGCGCCGAAAGCGUGUCUGGUGACGCUCAAGUCGGUUGCGGACAAAGGACGCAUGCAGUCGGCAGCAUUUCGCGCGAUCGAACGGUGGGGCGUCGACAUCGUUGUCGCCGAUUCUCCGAUGCUGCCCAACGAGUUGGCGCUCAUUUCGGCGCAAGAAGAAUUUGUCGUGAGCCCGCACGACGGCGGCGUCGAGCUCGAGGUCGUCUGCGCCGCGAUGUUAGUCGAAAUGCACCGCGCGUGGUCGACUCGGCGGCAGAUUCUCAAGCAAGGCAAGGCGCUUCUCCUGCUCACGGCCAAGUUCUCCAUGAUGAAGGAGAACGACACGCUGAACGAAGACGCCAUGGGUAACAAGAACGUCCCGUUCAAGCGCGGCAUUCGUAUUCGUACGGACCGGCACCGACCGUCGGCAAGCGCCACAAGUCCGAAACAGACUGGGAGCACAAGUCCAGUGUACGAACUCGACGCGAUCUUCCAGAACAAAAGCCACUGUGCCCGCGCCCACGUGUGGAAGCGCGUGGCCGAUUGCGACGACUCGGUCAAAGAGAUUAUGGUGGCAUUCAGUCCAGCUGGCAACCCCGAGACAAUUCGAAGCCUUUGGGGCGACCUGUGGAACGGAUGGGAUGAGCAUGAAAUCGCCGACUUCAAGGAGCAGAUCGGCCACGUCACACUCUCGUCGGCGCUGUAUGGGCUGGCCCAAGGAGUCACGGCCACGGUUGGAGGCGACUACUCCCAUGCGCAUGCGAUGUUGGGGUACAUUUACUCGAAGCUCGGAACGGCGUGGUCGGAAGGCGAGCAAACUCGCAUUCGACAAUCGUUUGAGAACAUGGUGGCGGUCAACUUUAACCGCGGGCUCAUGGAGAUGGAUGGAUUGAAUGAUAUUGAAGACUUGCGUCAAGCAAAGGCGAUGGCGCAGUGCCACGCGCCGCUGGAGCGGUCCAACACCAUGACGUCUCAAGAAGCGGAAUUGGUGCGGCAUAGCUCGCGCCGUCGCAGAAAAACCGAUUCGUUUGAGGUCGAUCCGUCAGAGGAGGUGGCGUGGUCCGUCGCCGCUUCAGUGCGUGUGCACAAAGCGAUCAAAGUCUACUUCGAUGACAUGGUCGAAGACGGCAUUCUCGACGCUGUGCUGCCGUACGUCAAAGCGGGCUACACGAUCGACGUCACGGGGUACUCGAUGGGGGGCAUGCUCGGCCAGUUGUUUUUGCUCAAGUUGGGCGACUUGGCAUUCCCGCAGGUCCCAGCGACGUUCAUGAAAAAGAUCCAUGGGGUUUUCUUCGGCACUCCGCGCGUCGGCGACGCCGGGUUUGCUGCCCGCAUGAAGAUCCUCUACGGCGGCGAUCAGCUCUUGAACGUGAUGCAUCCACUCGACACGGUCCAUGCUUAUCCGCCGACGUCGGAGGGGUACGCGGACGCGAUGCUCAAGGUAUUUUUGAAGGAGGACGGAAUCAACCGGCGGACGCCGUCGGCCUUUUCGGUACUGCCCGUCACACGAGCGAUGGACAAGCUGCUGGAGAAAGCUGCCAAGACCAAAGCGACCCACAGCGUGGCUCAGUACGUGAGAAAAAACGUGUGCCGUUGCAAGUGCUCCGCCAGAUUUUGUGGCGCACGUGGAGAGAAUGUUAACUCGAAGACGCUGCUCGUAGAUGCAAGUUUUGCCAUCGGACAGACCAUCAGUCGGAGCAACAUCGAUGCCGAUACUGCACGCGACGUGGCGACCACCGAGGCAGCGGCUGCCCUCACUGGAAGGAAGGUUGUGCAUUGUGCGGGAACAAGGGCCACUCGACCGGCGAGCACCGAUGUAGCGUCUGCUCGCAAUUUGGCCAUCGCGGCCGCGAGUGCCACACGCAGGGAAAUGUUGGGAUGGUGGAGCUCCUGGCGUACUUUCGCUUUCAUCACUACCUGUACUACAACUCGAACCUCAAGCAGAACGUCGAAUUCUCGUCCGAAUGAAGGCAACGUCGUCGAGUCCAUGAUGCCAUGAACAUGUAUCCACUCUAUUUAGCACUACAUGCGCCCAUAUUGUCUGUGCCGUUCGUCCUGGAAUUUGUGUCUUGCAGCUUCGUGUCGAGGGAUGCUGCGAAUGCACGUUGGGUGGCAUCGCCACUGGAGCCAUCAUGAGCUCUGUGCAGGGAAGGACGCGGGGCGCUAGAAGGACGCGUUCGCCAAGUUCCCACUUCACACUGUCAAGACGCGGAAAUGAGCGCAGCGCCGCACGAGCGGGUCCGUCGGCGAACGUCCACGACAUGCGAUCAAAUCGGUUUCACGACAUGACGGUUACACAGAUUUGGCCAAUCAUAAUGCCCGUUUACAACUCUUUUAGCCAAUCAAAGUCGUUAAACUCUCGCACUGAAUUCGCUUUUUUCGC